AUGGCUGUCACCCGAUCGCAGACCUCCAAGAAGCGCUCCCGUUUAGAUGCUGGAGCUGCUGACCAACAACCAACCAAGAAAACAAGGGCAGCUUCAGCCAGGAACAUCAGGAAGAUCAGGAAGACAGAGUGCGAUUUGACGGACGGUGACCUCUCCGCUCCCAGUCAGCCGGUGCCGCUGCCGAAGGAAUCUGCCAAAACCACUAAGCCCGGCAACCCGCUUAUGAGACUUCCUGGCGAAUUACGCAAUGAGAUCUACCGCCUCGUUCUAGUGAGCAACAACCAGCUCCUGGUUACUAAAUCUUCGAUCCCGACGCAACCUCCCUUGACCAUGGUCUCCCACCAGAUCAGAAAAGAAGCCAUCGCCAUCUUCUAUCACGAAAACAAGUUCGGAGUGGAAGUAGUCAACAACGACGGCAGUCACGAAGGUGUGUGGCUCGCGAAGAUCGGCCGGGAGAACACGAACUUGCUAGACUUUUCCAGAGUCCAUGAGGAUUACUACAUAUUUCUGUUUUCACAGAACUCGACCGAUCCUUGGACGAACCUUCUGCAAUGGUUGAAGGAUUUCUACCACUACAAAGCAGGCAGCCCUGGUAGUGGUCCGAUUAGGGGGAACAGGAUGCGACCGAUCAGUGUCCUCGUGUUGCUGUUCAAUGCAGCCGAAAAGCUCCGCAAAGCCAAGACAUCGUGGGAGACAGCGGAACACGUGCUGACUAUUAUGGGGGAGGUGGCAGAGUGCAAGCGACCAAACUGGAAGCCGAAAAUAGAAUAA